UGAGCCGCUCCUGGGCGCACCAGCCGCGCCACGCCUGCCCCGUCUGCAAGGAGGUGUCCUCGCUGGACGACCUGCGCGUCAACCACACGCUCAACAACCUCGUGGAGAUGCUCCUGCGGGAGGAGAGCCGCAGGGGGGCCCAGGCGGGGCCCGCCCUCUGCGCCCUGCACGGCCAGGAGGCCAAGCUCUUCUGCCAGGAGGACAAGGAGCUGGUGUGCCCCGCCUGCCAGGCCUCCAAGCCGCACGAGGGCCACAAGGUGCGGCCCGUGGGGGAGACGGCCAAGGACUACAGGGCCAAGUGGAGGAACAUGGAGAACUCCCUGCGGGAUAAGGUGAAGGAUUUCGGGGCGGUCCGGCGCUCCUAUGAGUCCAUCUCCAAGCACAACCAGGUGGAGGUGGCCAGGCUGGAGGGUCAGAUCAGGGAGGAGUUUGAGAAGCUGCACGAGUUCCUGCGGGGGGAGGAGAAGGCCGUGCUGUCGGAGCUGCAGGAGGAGGCUCGGUGCAAGCGGGGCCUGAUCGAGGGCAAGAUCAAGAAGCUGUCGGAGGACAGUGACGCCCUGCUGCACGAGGUGAACCAGCUGCAGGCUGACUUGAAGGAGGACGACCUCUCCUUCCUCAGGAAACACAAGAACCGCAAGCGCAGGAUUGCCUGCACGGCCGAGGAGCCAGAAGCCAUCCCACCGGGGAUGCUGGUUGAUGUCCCCAAGUUCCUGGGGUCCCUGCAGUACAAUGUGUGGAAGAAGAUGCUGGACAUCAUUACCGUAGUUCCCUUCAGCUUUGACCCCAACUCCGCCGCAGGCUGGCUCUCGGUCUCCAGCAACCUCACCAGCGUGACCAACGGCAGCUACAAGUUGCUGGUGGACAACCCAGAGCGCUUCUCCUCCGCCCCCUGCAUCCUGGGCUCCCAGGGCUUCUCCAAGGGCUCCCAUGUGUGGGAGGUGGACCUCGGAGGACUCACGAACUGGCGCGUGGGCGUGGCCAAGGAGCGCAGCGGCCGCCGCUGGAACUUCCACCACGACGCCCGCUCGGGCUUCUGGUACAUCUACCGCCUGCAGGGGGCAGACAACGAGAUGUGCCGGGCCUCCAACUCGGCCAGGUCAGAGACCGUGCUCCGGGACCUGAAGCGGAUCCGGGUGGAACUGGACUGUGACGAGGGCGAGCUCUCCUUCUACGACGCCGACCACAAGAGCCACAUCUACACCUUCCACGAGCACUUCAGUGGUGAGGUCUUCCCCUAUUUCUAUGUGGGCAACCUAAUGCCUGAUACACCUCCUGGCUCCCUCCGGAUCUGCCCUUUACGCAUCCGGAUCAAGGAAGACCUCCCACUUUAGGCUGCUCCGUACAACCAGUAGAAAGGCUCCCCCUUCUGGCCUGCCACGUUCCCAUCCUCCAUUGCCCCGGCCUGCCUCUUCCAAGUGCCUUUCUACAAUGCCUUCCACGGCUGUGUCCUCCUCCAACGGACCAACCCCCGCCAGCCCUUGACUUCCAGCUUGGGCUUUCUCAGCAGAAACUGUUACCGCUCAGUUAUUUUCUACUGUUUGCCUUCAUAACCAAUUUUUUUUUUUUAAUAAACUUCUGUGGUGGCCGGAUGAUUUGGGUCACAAAUUUCAAGU